GCCACCAUACCCAACUACCUGCUUGCCUUUUUUUUUCUUUUUUUGAGGGCUUUCAGACCUUUCCUAUAGGAAUUCCAGGGCCCAGAAGGCCUAUCAGUGACAGCAACAUUGGGGGGGCCCUAUUGGCAGUGUCACAGCGGCUGCUUCGCUUCACUUCCCCAAACUGGGGCCACUGCAGGGCUGUCCUUAACCCUGCCUGGUCUAGCACUACAUGGCUCAAGUGAUGCCCAGGCUGCCUGUGCCCCGAGGGUGAGGGGCCUGGAAAGCUUUUGCCACCUCCAGCUGCACCUCCAAAGUGUGAAGAGCACUGAGCUGCGGCCUGGCGGCUGGGCACCGCCAAGCACACAGCCUGCCCCCCGGUGUGGCGGCUGCGGGUGGAGACCGGGACAAGUGCGAUCACUCAUGAGGCCAAGGCUGGGCUGCGCGGGGGCUGGCGUGGGCUGGUCCAGGGGCACCACACAGGCUGGCAGGCGGGGAGCCGGCACCGCCGCCCCAGGGCUUGGGCCACCCCUGCCAGAGUAGCUCAGGGCCGGGGCAGGGUGGUCAAAGGGUGAGAGCUGGCAGCUGCGCCAGGCAGCCUGGAUGGGAGGCAGUCCCAUCAUGUAUUGCUCCAGAGCCAGGCUCUCUCCCUGCUGCUGGGAGCCACACCACUCCACCCCUCUCCAGGCUCCUGCAUGAGUCAGGACGCCACGUGUGCGUGUGCGUGUGUGUGCGCGUGCGCGCGUGCGCGCGUGCGUGUGUGUGGGGGGGAAGCGCUUGAGUCCGCCCUGCUCACCAGUGCCCUCUCCCUGCCACACCCUGCAGCACAGCCCCAGCCUCUGGGACCUCGGAGCCCCUUCCUCCUAUAAUCCUUCCUGCCCCUGGUGUUGCAGGGGGUCCUACCGUCACUGAUCUCUGGUAGCCUCAGUGUCCCUUCCACCGCUGUCACCAUCCCCUGAAGCUCUGGGAAGAGCCUGACGUGGGUAUCAGGCACCUGAGUCGGGAGGCCGCAUUUCCAGCAAGCUACAGGUGAUGUGGAAGUGGCCGCUCCUUAGCCCACACUUGGAGAAGCAAGGACCAGGGAGGGAUGAUUAUCUUUAUUUUUUUUCUUGAGAUAGUAUCUCACAUGUAGCCCAAGCUGGUCUCAAACUCUCAGCCAUCCUCCUGCCUCAGCCUCCUGAGUGCUGGGGUCACAGGCGUGCAACACCGCAUCUGGUAGAUGUGUUGAUUUUCCUGAUGCAAUGUUCAUUCUGCCGGGCAGCAUUCACACAGGAAAGACUCCUCCUUCCUGGGGCCUCUUGCUGGUUGCCAACCUCACAGCAAUGAAAGCAAACAUUCCUAAUCCACCUUCACCCCUCUUUGGAGUCGGACGUGGCUCGUAGCCAGGACAGCCUAAGUGUCAUGGCCAUGGAGGACAGCUGGAGGCUGGGGCUGCCUGCAUGUUGGUGCUGUCUCACUGGGACCGCAGGCUCCAGGCGGGGUAGAUGCUUUGUGGAUGUGGGACGCUGGCCCCAAGCGUGGCUGCAGCUGGGUCCGUGCGGGAUGCAGGAGCUGGCAGUCAGUGCCCAGGCUGGAGGAGAGAGAGCUGGGGGACUGGAAAGCUGAAGUCCUGAGCCCCCAACACCCUUGGAAUUACCGUGUGCGUGAGUGAGGACCACCUGCUUCAGAAUGAAUCCGCCUUCUGGGGUACAAGUUUCCCCUGGUCCAGCCCAGGAGCCCAGCUUCGUGGCCACCCCAUCGGCACCUGGCAGGGGCGACAGUGCCCCAAGCAACCUCUCCACGCUGGGUCAGCUUCCACAGAGCAGCCCCACGGCAGCUGGGGCUCAGGUUGCAGCCUGGGUCCCCUUCCCCACGGUCGAUGUUCCAGCGCAUGCCCACUAUGCCCUGGGCACCGUGAUCCUGCUGGUGGGGCUCACCGGCAUGCUGGGCAACCUGACAGUCAUCUAUACCUUCUGCAGGAGCAGAGGCCUGCGGACCCCAGCCAACAUGUUCAUCAUCAACCUCGCGGUCAGCGACUUCCUCAUGUCCUUCACCCAGGCCCCUGUCUUCUUCACCAGCAGCCUCUAUAAGCGGUGGCUCUUUGGGGAGGCAGGCUGCGAGUUCUAUGCCUUCUGCGGGGCUCUCUUUGGCAUCACUUCCAUGAUUACCCUGACGGCCAUCACUCUGGACCGCUACCUGGUCAUCACACGCCCACUGGCCACCAUCGGAGUGGCAUCCAAGAGGCAGGCGGCAUUUGUCCUGCUGGGUGUCUGGCUCUAUGCCCUAGCCUGGAGUCUGCCACCCUUCUUUGGCUGGAGCGCCUAUGUGCCCGAGGGGCUGCUGACGUCCUGCUCCUGGGACUACGUGACCUUCACGCCCUCUGUGCGCGCCUACACCAUGCUGCUGUUCUGCUUCGUGUUCUUCCUGCCGCUGCUCAUCAUCAUCUACUGCUAUGUGUUCAUCUUCAGGGCCAUCCAGGAGACCGGCCGGGCCUUUGAGAGCUGUGGGGAGUCCCCAAGGCGGCGGCGGCAGUGGCAGCGGCUGCGCAACGAGUGGAAGAUGGCCAAGAUUGCGCUGCUGGUCAUCCUCCUGUUUGUCCUCUCCUGGGCGCCCUACUCCACGGUAGCCCUGGUGGCCUUUGCCGGGUAUGCACAUGUCUUGACACCCUACAUGAACUCAGUGCCAGCUGUCAUUGCCAAGGCCUCUGCCAUCCACAACCCCAUCAUUUAUGCCAUCACCCACCCCAAGUACAGGGUGGCCAUCACACAGCACCUGCCUUGCCUGAGGGUGCUGCGGGGUGUGUCUGGCCAGCACGGCCGCCCCUCCCUCAGCUAUCGCUCCACACACCGAUCCCCGCUGAGCAGCCAGACCUCUGACCUCAGCUGGAUCUCGGGACGCAGGCGUCAGGAGUCGCUGGGCUCCGAGAGCGAGACGGGCUGGACCGACACUGAGGCAUUGGGGGCUGCCCAGCAAGCCAGUGGACGAUCCCCUUGUGAUCUGGGUCUAGCGGACGGGGAAGCCAGGGCCCAGGUAUGGGAAGCCAAGACUCCUAGAAAGACCAAGGGACGGCUCCCCAGCCUGGACUCACAGAUGUAGGACACCAGCUGGCCCACCCUUCUGCCUGGGACUCGUCUGGCCCCCCACAUCUCCUGUCCCACCAGCCUGCAGACUUUGUCACCAUGCUGUGUCCCGCUUCACACCACAGAAGACCCGUCUGCGUGACCCACACACUUGGUCCCAGCUCUGCAGCCCUCUGCCACCAGCAGCUGACACUUCUGCAAAUGCUGGCUCCCCAGAACACACCAGGGGCAUUUCAGUGGCCUGGGUGUGGGCAGCGCUGCACUUCUCACUGGACGCAGCCCCCUCGUGCGCUGACCCCACUCGAGCCAUCCCCAGGAGCCCACACUCGCAUGCAUACUGACCACUGUGGGUACUGAUCUGCACGCAUACUGAACCCCAUGGUUUGUCUGUCAGUGGUUUAGGUUCACCCUGAGCUGUGACAGGGGUAGGAAAUAAAAAGUAGAGACGCUGUCUGCCGAA